GAAAGUGGAGAAACGCCGAAGAAGAAAAAUAAACAAAGAGGAAGAAAGGAAGGAAGAACGCGCUUUCUCUCUUCCUCUCUCUCUCUCUCUCUCUCUCUCUCUUCUCUCUCUUCUCUCUCUCUCUCUCUCAACAAGUCAUGAGCCUCUUCGGUAUUGGAAGCAGAAACCAGAGAACAUUCCGCCCGAAAAAAAGUACUCCCUCUGGAAGUAAGGGAGCUCAGCUUAGGAAACACAUUGAUGCAACAUUAGGCAGUGGAAAUCUGAGGGAAGCAGUAAAGCUACCUCCUGGGGAGGAUUUGAAUGAGUGGCUAGCUGUCAACACUGUUGAUUUUUUCAACCAGGUGAAUCUGCUAUAUGGCACCCUAACAGAGUUCUGUACUCCUGAGAAUUGCCGCACAAUGUCUGCAGGACCCAAGUAUGAGUAUAGAUGGGCAGACGGCGUGCAAAUCAAAAAACCUAUUGAGGUAUCUGCUCCAAAAUAUGUAGAAUAUCUGAUGGACUGGAUUGAAUCACAGCUUGAUGAUGAAUCCAUAUUCCCUCAGAGGCUUGGUUCUCCAUUUCCUCCCAACUUUAAGGAUGUCGUGAAGACGAUAUUCAAGCGGCUGUUCCGUGUAUAUGCUCAUAUUUAUCAUUCUCACUUUCAGAAAAUUGUGAGCCUCAAAGAAGAGGCCCAUCUAAACACAUGCUUCAAGCAUUUUAUACUCUUCACUUGUGAGUUUGGGCUGAUUGACAAAAAGGAACUGGCUCCUCUUCAAGAGCUUAUAGAAACCAUUAUAUAUUGAAUGUAUGAAUUGAGACCAAGCUUACUGUGAAACAACUUAUCCUAGGAAACAUAAUUUAUUACUCAAAUCAGAGACUGGUUUUUAAUAUCUGGUUUCAGAAAUUCUCCUUGUCUGUUGUGUUAAAUGAGUUUGGGAACAGAGUCUAAGUUAUCCUUCAUCACAGCUCACACAAAGUAUCAAAUGCAACUUCAUGUUGACAUUUGAGUAUGAGUUUGGAAGGCUGUUUCUGGGAUAUUUCCAUUGCCAAUAAUAAUGAAGUGAUAAUAAUCAUAUAGAUUUGUUUGCUGGUUGCUUAGACAUUUUAA